CCUCAAAUUGCCUAUCCUCUUUGUGGCGGCCAUAUUUACGGAAACAUAUUUAAACUUCAUGUUUAGGCUGUUUGCUUUGCCAAAGCCUUCAUUAAAAAAAAAAAAAACAAACAAACUGUCAGCUGUCAGUCUGUGUUUUCGCGUUGUGGAGUGCAUUUUAAUUUUUAUUAAAUUAAUGAAUUUAAUCGAAUUACGUGAUCAAAUUUGUAAAAAGAUUAAUAAGUGAAAUUAUUUUAUUGAUUAAACAUGUUAGUUCUGUUCGAAACCCCGGCAGGGUAUGCAAUUUUCAAGUUGCUGGACGACUCUAAGUUAUCCCAGAUUGAUGAUCUGUAUCAGGAAUUCAAUACUCCAGAGGGAGCUUCUUCUGUAGUGAAAUUAAAAAAUUUUGUAAAAUUUGAGGAUACUACAGAAGCAUUAGCUGCUACAACAGCAGCUAUUGAGGGUAAAAUCUCAAAGCCAUUGAAGAAGGCUCUUAAGAAAUAUGUUUGUAAAGAAAUGCAGGACCAACUAUUAGUAGGAGAUUCUAAACUUGGCAGUGCUAUAAAAGAAAAGUUUGAUUUACAAUGUGUUUCAAAUACAAAUGUUCAGGAGUUACUAAGAUGUAUACGUUCUCAAAUGGACAGUCUUCUAGCUGGAUUGCCAAAAAAAGAAAUGACCGCAAUGGCCCUAGGUCUGGCUCAUUCAUUGUCCAGAUACAAGUUGAAGUUCUCCCCAGAUAAAAUUGACACUAUGAUAGUUCAAGCUCAGUGCCUCUUAGAUGAUUUAGACAAAGAAUUGAAUAACUACAUCAUGAGAUGUCGUGAGUGGUAUGGAUGGCAUUUCCCUGAACUUGGCAAAAUUAUUACCGACAACACUUUGUUUGUGAAAGUUGUAAAGUUAAUUGGAACUAGAGAUAAUGCAUCUCAAACAGAUCUGUCAGAUAUUUUGCCAGAGGACUUAGAAGAAAAAGUGAAGGAAGCAGCUGAGAUUUCAAUGGGCACAGAGAUUUCUGAUGACGACAUUAUGAACAUUCAGAACUUGUGUGAUGAAAUUAUAUCUAUAACGGAUUACAGGACUCAUUUGACAGAUUAUUUGAAGGCUCGCAUGAUGGCUAUGGCUCCAAACUUAACAGUGUUAAUUGGGGAGCAUAUUGGGGCUCGUUUGAUUGCACAUGCUGGUUCAUUGAUGAAUUUGGCAAAACACCCAGCUUCCACAGUACAGAUUUUUGGUGCAGAGAAAGCAUUAUUCCGCGCAUUGAAGACAAAGAAGGACACUCCAAAGUAUGGGUUGAUAUAUCAUGCGCAGCUGGUUGGACAGUGCAGUACUAAAAACAAAGGGAAGAUGUCCCGAAUGUUGGCAGCAAAGGCAGCUCUGGCUACCAGAGUGGAUGCAUUUGGUGAGGAUGUUGGAUUUGAGUUAGGAGCUGAGCAUAAAGUGAAGCUAGAGAACAGACUGCGGCUGCUGGAAGAGGGCAACUUGAGGAGAAUCAGUGGCACUGGAAAGGCCAAAGCUAAAUUUGAGAAAUAUCAUAGUAAAUCGGAGGUGUUUCAAUAUCCGACGGGCAGCGACAGCACGCUGGGGAAGAAGCCCGUUAAGAGAGAGCACUCGCCCGAGGAGGACGGAGGCACCUCCUCCAAGAAGAUCAAACUCGAAGAUGGCGCUAAUGAUGUUACACCCAAAAAGAAAGAAAAGACAGAGGUGAAAGAAGGAGCUCUAGAAGACGGCGCCCCGCCGGUAUCGGAAAAGAAGAAGAAGAAAAAGAAGAAGUCAUUAGAGGCUGCGCAAGCCGAGGCCGAGGUGGCCGAACCUGUUCCGGAAGCCGAAACCGAAUCAAAGAGCGAGAAAAAGAAAAAGAAGAAACGUCAGUCCCAGGCUGAAGAAGAGUGAAUGUACCGUUAGAGCCCACCAACUUUUACGUAAAUUUCUUCAUACACACUUGUGUAUGUGGUUACUUUGCCAGUACCUAGUGGAGUGCUUAAUUUGAUUGUACAAUUACUGAAUAGAAAAGGGUUUAACAAAAUAUUUUUUUAUCACUUACUUAUAAGGCUGCUAACGGUUUGACUGCGUGUUUGCAGUUAAUGCGUGACGUGGUAAUCAAUUUCAUGCAGCCCAGACCACGGCUGCAUGCAGUUGAAACCGUCGUCAUUGCGAUAGUAAUUUUUCUUUUUUUUUGACAGUCAAAUGAAAGUGACUACUACCGAUUUUGUAUUUUAACUUAAGUUGAAUAAGUUAGCAAGUUAAGUUGAAUGGUAAGAGGAAUGUUGUAAUAAAAAAAUAUACUC